AUGAAUCCAGGGAACCAGACAACAGUGACCAGGUUCAUUCUGCUAGGAUUUCAGAAUUUACAUAACUACAGACGUCUUCUUUUCGUUGCAUUCCUUCUCCUGUUUUUGGUGACUGUCUCUGGGAAUCUUCUGAUCAUUGUGCUAGCAUCUGUGAGUCAUAACCUUAGCUCCCCUAUGUAUUUUUUCCUGAGUCAUCUAUCCGCGUGUGAUCUUCUUAUGACCACUGUUAUUGUGCCUUUGAUGCUGAACAUAAUAUCAAAAAAUAAAGAUUCUAUAUCUUUCUUUGGAUGCUUCAUCCAAUUUUAUCUUUUUGGAGCCCUCGCAACAACUGAGUGUCUACUUCUCUCUGUAAUGUCUUACGACCGAUAUGUGGCCAUAUGCAACCCACUGCGCUACUCAUCUAUUAUGAAUUUUUGGAAGUGUGGACACCUUGUCUUCUGGUCUUGGUUUAUCUCAUUCUCAUUCAUGUUGAACACAGCAAUCCAGGUGUAUAGGUUGCAGUUCUGUGGUCCUAACAUCAUCGAUCAUUUCUUCUGUGACCUGGCUCCUCUCCUUCAACUUUCAUGCUCAGAUACCUCUUUUGUAGAAUUGGAAAACCUUGUGACUGGUCUUCCAGCUACUUUUCUGCCUUUAAUAUACAUUGUUGUAACAUAUAUCUGUAUCUUCAUGGCGAUACUAAAAAUCCCUUCAACUACUGGAAGACUGAAAGCCUUCUACACCUGUAGCUCACACUUGACAGUUGUGUCCUUAUAUUAUGGGUCACUCAUAGUUGCCUAUCUGUUUCUGUCUAAAGAAAGCUCUUUAAACAUCAACAAAAUCCUAUCUCUUUUGUACACAGUGGUGACACCAUUGGUGAAUCCCAUCAUUUACAGCUUCCGAAACAAAGAGAUCAAAAUUGCAUUUUCCAAAUUAGUUCACAUUGACAGAAUACCUUGA